AUGUCAUUCACACCGAACCUACUCUCCCUCUUCCCCCCACCUACCGCCGACAGCCUGGGCCUGUCGGAUGCCGACGCAGCUUGGCUGCUUGAGCCGGAUGCCGACCCGGCCCAGAUGCAGAUGCAAUUGUCCGACAUCGGGCCAACGGACAUUGAGAUUCCCGAUGUUCCUGACACGGACCUGGAACGAGACGGCCAGUUCCACCCCAACGUUCUGGCUGAUAUCUUUACUGGCCAGGACUCACCAGCAGGCUACCAGACGUCGAAUGACUCCUCCCUAUCGGUGCCUGUAUCCCGAUCACCGUCCACAUCGUCGGCCUUGUUCCUAUGGUCGCCGUCCUCGCCCCCAUCGUCCGCGCCGCAUCAUCGCCUCCCGUUCGCCGAGGCACAGAUGCAUGUAGAGGAACCCCAAGCUAAGCUAUGUACCUCCAAGAGGUGCGGCUCUGAAACAUGCCUUGCAGCAGCCCUUCGCAUCCUCAAGACUCUUCACAUUGCCCACUCGGCAUGCCUGAGUGCGCACAGAGAAGCCCCGGCCGUCCAACAAACCCGGAAGAUGGAGACAGUGCUUUCCACAAACAAGGACGUCGUCGCCGGCAUGGACCCGAUACUGGCUUGCUCCUGCUCAGCCAGGUCCCUAGUUCAGCUGCUGCUGCUCAGUCUUUGCGGUAACCUCAUCGCUUGGAACAGCGCCAUGAUCAGCGCCGACUUUGACCAAAGCGACGAUACGUAUUCUCCGGCAUCCGCGCUGUCAGCCAAUCUCUCUCAAACUCCCAGGGCACGUGUACUAACCCAACCCAUCACCAUCGGCCAGCACCAGAUCGGUGGAAAGCUCGGCCGGGUUCUCCACGCCCAGGUGAUGGCUGGCGAGCUGCGUAUUCUGGAAGGCUUGGUUGAUGCAUUGUCUCGCCGCUUUGCCGAGGUCCCAAAGUCGGAUGUGGUCUUCAGCACUUUUCCCACCAGCACUGACGCGAGGAAUGUCAACAGUCGUGCUGCUACUGCCUCGGAACCAUCUUCGUGGCACUCCCAGGGUCUCGCUAAUAACGUACACCGCCACAUCAUCUCGUCACUGCGUACAAGACUAGAGAACACACGAGCUCUGGUCUUCUCUCACAACUAG